AUGUCCGAAACUGAAAAUCAUAGUCAAGUUUCUAACGUUGAGAGGUACAAGAAAAAGAGAGCAGGGCUUAAAUCUAAAUUGACAAUUUUUAAAAAUUAUAUCACAGAUGUAGAGUCCAAUAUUUCCAACGAUGGUUAUAAUAUUCCAUAUGAGGAAAUCAAAUUAAGAUUAAACAAAGCUGUAGAUUUAUUAGAUAAUUUCGAUGAAAUUCAAUCCGAAAUUGAAUGUCAUGUGAACGAUUUAGAGGAGGAAGCGUCCCAAAGAGAGCUCUUCGAAAAAGAUUAUUUCUCUAUUAUUACUAAAACACGAUCGCUGCUAUCAAAGUCCAAUCCCAAUGAAGUUAUUCAUAACAUUAAUUCAGAAAACGAUGUUCAAUCCCAAGCAGGUCCUUCUAGUCGACCUAACGUCAAUUGUAACAUCAAAUUACCUACUCUUCAACUUGUAAAAUAUAGCGGGAGCUACGAGAAAUGGUUAGAGUAUAGAGAUUCGUUUCAGUCAAUAAUCUUAGAUAAUUCAGAUAUAAAUCCUAUUCAAAAAUUCCACUACUUGAAAUCUUCUCUUAGCGGUGUUGCCGAAAAGGUCAUUAGUAGUUUGCCAGUGUCUUCGGAUAAUUUCUCAGUCGCGUGGAAAAUGCUAUGUGAAAGAUUUGCAAACAAAGAUUUAUUAAUAUACAAUCACACCAAGUGUCUUUUUUCUCUCCCAAAAAUCACAAAGCCGUCUGCAUCAAGCAUCAGGCAAUUAAUAGAUGAACUUCAAGGUAAUUUAAGGUCACUUAAAUCAUUGGACCAACCAGUUGAUACUUGGGAUACCCUACUUAUAUUUAUUAUAAUAGAAAAACUUGAUUCCUACACCACACAGGAGUGGGAAUCUAAGAAACCUUCAAACGCAACGUUAAAGGAUCUUAUUAAUUUUCUAAAAGGUAAGGCUGACGUUUUGGAAAAAAUUGAUGCCAACCUUGGACAGAAUAAUAAAGAACGAUUCGGUUCCGAUAAGAAAUCCUCAAGAGCUCUAGUAGCCACCCAAACUUCUUGUGCUUUCUGCAAAUCCAUCAAUCAUAAAAUAAGUCUGUGUCCCGAUUUCAAUCAUUUAAGUAUUUCUGAUCGGGCCGAAAAUGUUAAAAGGCUUAAAUUAUGUUUCAAUUGCCUACAUUCAGGCCACAUUAAUUUAAAUUGUAAGUACGGAAAGUGUACUAAAUGUGGUAAAAAGCAUCAUUCUCUCUUGCAUAUCAAUACGGACAACUCAAAUAACUUAACUUCAUAUUCCAAUCCAGUGCAGUCAUCUUCGAAUAUUCAAUCUGACUCGACUGUACACAACACUCAAACCCUAUCUAACUAUGUUCCAAAAUACAAGUCUGUUCUGUUAUCGACAGUUCUAGUGAAUGUCUUUGAUAGCGCAGGAGUUGCGCACAAAUGUCGUGCCCUCCUGGAUAGUGCUUCACAAUCAAAUUAUAUUGUAUCUAGUUUUUUUGAUAAAUUGGGAAUAGCAAAAAACCGUUUGAAUGUAUCAGUAUCUGGCUUUGGUCAAGUUUCCUCGAAUUUAAAAUACAAUUGUAAUUUACGAAUUGGUUCUUGCUAUUCCUCGUUCAAAAGUUCUAUCAAUUGUCUAAUUACUAACUCAAUAUGUGAUCAGCUCCCUGGUUGUAAUGUUGAUAUAUCUUCCUUACGAAUUCCUUCUAAUAUUCAGCUAUCUGACCCUAACUUUCAUAUUAACUCAUCGAUAGAUUUGUUAAUUGGAGCAGGUCUAUUUUAUAACUUGCUGUGUGUAGGACAGAUAAAACUAAAUCGCGUUGGUCCCAUCUUGCAGAAAACGAGAUUAGGAUGGAUUGUUUCUGGCCCUAUUGCUCAAACUGCGUCUAACCGGACAAUCUGUAAUGUUUCCCGGUUAUCUGAUGUAAACGAUUUAUCUCGCUUUUGGGAAAUAGAGGAAAUUUCUACUUCUUCCCCACGUUCGAGGGAAGAAAUCUCUUGCGAGGAACAUUUUCAGUCAUUUCAUAAGAGGGACAAAAAUGGCAGGUUUAUCGUAACAAUUCCUUUUAAGGAAUCUCUUGAUCAAUUAGGUUACAGAACUGUAAUAAAUAACAGCAGCUCAAAUUUAUAUUGUUUUAUGGCUAUACAACAUUGCCAGAUCGUCGAAACAGUGGGAACGAGUGUGAAAGAUUGA